CACCCGCCCCAGAGCUCCACCUCCUCACUCGAAGACCCCUCCUUCUCGUCCAUGAAGACGGGAGCAGGGCUGAGCAAAGAGAUUAGUGAUGAGCUAGACCUCAGUUUCCUACCUGAUGACCUCAGCACAACUGAGGCAAUUCAGGACAAAACAGGUGAAAACACGGAACGAGCAGAGACCCAGAAUGAAGAUCUCAAUGAUCUCAGGAUAGUGUAUUGGACGUAAACAGACAGGUCUCCGGGUUCUACAGUGGCAACUGAGCGCUCAGAGGGUUCAAACACAAUGGGACUAGGGAUGGACCGCAACACCCUUUUGUCCCAUGACACCCAUGACCCCAAUGACCCCUAUGACAGAGAAAUCAGGAAUCACCCCACAACUGCAGAAUAUCGUCUCCACAGUAAACUGGGAUGUCCUCUGGACCUAAAGUUCAUUGCACUCCAAGCCAGGAAUGCCGAGUACAACCCCAAGCGUUUUGCUGCCGUUAUCAUGAGGAUCAGAGAGCCACGAACCACAGCACUGAUCUUCAGCUCAGGAAAGAUGGUCUGCACUGGAGCAAAGAGUGAGGAGCAGUCGAGGCUGGCAGCACGGAAAUAUGCCCGUGUGGUGCAAAAGCUUGGUUUUCCUGCUCGCUUCCUGGACUUCAAGAUCCAGAACAUGGUGGCAAGCUGUGAUGUCUUCUUCCCCAUCAGACUAGAGGGAUUGGUUCUAACCCACCAGCAGUUCAGCAGUUAUGAACCAGAGCUGUUUCCAGGUCUCAUCUACCGCAUGGUGAAACCUCGCAUCGUCCUUCUCAUCUUUGUUUCUGGGAAAGUUGUCCUGACGGGAGCCAAAGAGCGAGCUGAGAUCUAUGAAGCAUUUGAGAAUAUCUAUCCGAUCCUCCGGGGCUUCAGGAAGCAGUGAUGCUGACAAAAAAAAGGUGUUUUGGAAAUAGAUGGUGUAAAUGUCUUGUUUUGUCUAGAAAUAUAGCAUUGUGGAUGGUAUGUAAUGCAUUUGUUUGUUUUUUGAAUUCUGCUUAAAAUUUUGCCAUUAUUAUUAUUUUUUCUAUAUUGGGAAUCUAUAUUUCUAUAUUGCCACUAUGGCAAAAACUUGUAUAUAAAAAUGCGUCAUGUUCCGUAUAAUCUGAGUCUGAUUUCAAUAAUUCUGCCUUAUAGUAAGAUAUUUCUUGUGAUUUUGAAAUUGUUACACUUUGAUCAAAAGUUCAAGGAAAUAAACAUCAA